AUCCUUGGUGCCAACAAUGCUGAAAAACUGACCAUUGAAUCGGGCAUGCCAAAGUCUGUUGAGGAUCUUUCACAUGUGAUCAAGUGCCAGUUUGAUAUAGAGGGGGACAUUAGACUCCAGUACAUGGAUACUGACUUUGAUAACGAGUUUAUUAAUCUUAACCAGAUUAGUGGUAUUCAAGACAAAAGCACAGUGAAAGUCAUUCACAUUUCAGAUGCUCCAGACCUCAGCCAAAGCAGGAUGAGUGAGAGUACAGAUGAAGCAUCUUUUUCAUCUGCCGACACCAUUUUACUCUCCUCCUCUGAUUCCGAAUCUACUCGAUCACAGUGGCCCACUGAAUUCCCAAUACCAAAGUUUCCAUUUGAUGUGGAGAUGCAACUUAACACUGCAAACCAGGACUUCAAAUCAAACGGAGUUCUUCUGAACCCUGGUCACAAACUUAAAUCAGACAUCUUGGAAAGUCUGGCUGAGCAGAUCAUGAAGUUCAAGGCGUACCCUUCAAACUCGGAGAUGCAGUCUGUAGCUGAAGCUUUAAUCAAGGAGCAUCCAUGUUUGAGAGAAAGGGGAUCUUUCUGUGGUUUCUAUGGAUGGAAAACAAGCCUCAAAUACAAGAUGGCGAACUAUAGAACAAAGCUUAGAAACCUUGGCUUCCCAGAACUGAGCAUCAAUUCCCUCAAGCACAAGCCUGCAGAUAGACGUCAGCCUGCCUAUGAUGUGAAAAAACCCAGAAAGGCGGAGGUAAAUUUUUGUCCUCCUUAUCCUGCUGGAGAAACUGAAGACAGCCUCGAGGAAGAAAGACUGACAUUGUUAUCUGAGGUCAAGAAGAGACAUAAUGAUAAAGUAGUCAGAGAGAAGAUGGCCAUGACCUUUGCAUACAGGAGGCAGGAGGUAGUCAGAGACAAGCCCAUGGUUGCCGAGUUCAAGAUCAGAUGGCCUGGAUUGUUCACUGUGGAAGAGUUGCAGGCAGAAUUUGUGAGGAUCACUACUACUCCCCUCAUCUCAAAGUUCUUUGAACAACUUGACCAACACACUGCCCAGCUCAUCAAACUGGUCAAGAAUAAAGGGGGCUCUGCAGGGCGGGAAAUUAGCCUAAUUUUGGCACCGAUCUCACAGAGUGAAACGGUUGAAAAGAGAAGGGAGUGCAUCCUGAGGGCACUUUGUCUCUACCUCAAUGAAGACCCCAGCAUCCUCUUCAAAGAAUAUCAGGACUGCGAUGGUGAAGCUGUUCAAAGGGAGCUGGAGCAGAUUACCUUUGCCAUCUACACCAUCAAAGUUGAGGGAGGUGAUGCUACUACUCCUCCAGCUGAUGUUGGCAUUGUAAUCGAGGGCGUUGAAGUUCUCUGUGACUUGGGCGACGUCGCCUCUGCAUGUGCACUCUUAAUGGGCGUCAUAUAUGCACUGAACCUCAGUUAUCCUAAGCAGCUGAAAGCCUUCUUUGAAGUGCUUCAGAAGAUCUUCCUUCAACUCGAUGCUCACAGACUCUCAACCAAGGUACAAAUGCUCAAAAACAAGCUGUGUGAGUAAUCCAGCUGUUGAUUUUGAUGCUGACUUUUUGUGGAUUUUAAGAUGUUUUAUGUUUUCAGUGUUGAAGGUUUUCAAGCCCUCUUAAGUUUAGCAAAACCAGUUCUGUUUUUUUUUUUUUACCUAUUACACCUACACUACACAUUUCACAAGGAAAACUAAGAGCAUUUGUAGCAAGUUGUUUGUUAUGAAAAUUUAAAAGCUGAAAAUGUUUUGUUCUUGCAUUGAGGCAGUUGUGCCAGUCUACACCAAUGUCACCACCUUAAAGUAUGGUCAAUAAUUGUUUUAUCAACAGUGUUUAUAUAAUCACUCCCAUGUUAAGGUUGUGAAUAAAAGAAAUAUGAAAAAUG